UUUGUUUCUCGACUCAGAAACUCCUGGUUAGCAAAGUCAGAGAAGGUGGAAAGGAAGGAGGAGGAGAGAGAGAAAGAGACGCCAGUGGCAAUCAAAGUGCUGCACCCUGGCACGGUGCAGGCAAUGGAGAGAGACAUGUUACUGAUGAGGUACGCUGCCUACUGGAUGGACUGGCUCCACCCUGACUUCCACUGGGUGGCCCUCAAGGAGUGCUUCAGCGAGUUCUCCAUCGUCAUGAGAAAACAGCUGGACAUGGAGCUCGAGGCGUACAACCUGCGAAGGUUCCAGCAGAUCAUGGGAGACUAUGAGAACAUCAAAUUCCCCACUCCCCUCUUCCCCUACGUCACCAAGAGAGUCCUGGUGGAGACCUUUGAGCCUGGUAGUCACAUCUCUAGAUACAUGGACAACCCGGGAGGACAGCUGCAGAAGAACCUGGCCAGGAUUGGCACCGAUGCCCUCCUUGACAUGUUGUUCUAUCCACAACUUUGUCCAUGGAGACCUCCAUCCUGGCAAUAUCCUGGUCCAGGACACACACCAGCCUCGCCUGGUCCUCCUGGACUGUGGUAUCGCCACCAGUCUCACGCCCUUUGACCUCCUCCAGAUGAGGGCUCUCUUCACCGCCAUCGUCAAGGGAGAUGGAGUACAAGUGGCAGACCUGAUGCUGGUGCUCCCAGCCCUGCCCCACAGUGGAGGAGUACCGCAGGAACAUGGCUGAACUGUCUCACGAGGACUCCAGGGCUCACUCACUCGCAUUCAGAAUGUGAAGGUGUCUAACCUAUUCUCCGAGCUAUUUGAUGUGCUCAUGAACACAAGGUUCGAAUAGAGCCCAACUACACGUCAGUGGUGAUGGCCAUCAUGGUGAUAGAUGGACUGGGGAGGUCCCUGGACCCCAGUCUCAAUCUCCUGGAGGCUGUCACUCCCUGCCUGCUCCACAGAGCCAGGACACAACUCACUGACUACAUUGUAGGCUCUUGACACCUAGAGCAACUUCUGCUGUUUGUGUCUCGUGCGUGUUUUCUAUGGUUUGUACUAUAAUGACAUAACACCUAC